CUUGUAACGGACACCAAAGGUGGCGGCUCUGCCGUCUUUCGCGUUGUAACCCACCUGCCAAAAAAAUAAGCGAAAAUAUAUGUACAUUAGCCGUAACCUCAGUCGAGCCGUCCAAGUGUAUCUGUGUGCACCCCGAGUCAUCGUCGUCGUUGUGGCUGUUGUGUGAUUGUUUGCGCCUGGUGAGUCGUCGUCUCCCUGUGAUCUCCGUAGUGAGCGUCGUCAGCUGGUCCCUGCGCCGCAGCGAUCGCCAUAUUGGAUAGUCAGCGCUAGGCCUACCGCUACAAGCGAGUCGCUUGCCCCGGCCGAAGGAGGUCCGUGGUGGAAUCAAAGUGGCUCGUGCUCGGUUACCGGUCAAAGUGUGCUCCCCACCUCGCUGUUGGCUUGCCCAAGGCUGGACUCGAAGCUCAUCAUGAGACUGGAGAUCCGAAGUGCGUCCGACUUCCUCAUGAAUAUUCUUCGGCUCGGUCGGAACCUGGAUUCCCGACUGCUCGACGUGUUCCGAGGAACCUUAGAGGACUUGUUGCGGCACCACUACCAGCACCACUGGUUUCCCGAGAAGCCGUCUAAGGGCUCGGGCUACCGCUGCAUCCGAAUCAACCACAAGAUGGACCCGAUCCUGGCCAAGGCUGGCCGCGCCUGCGGCCUCCAAGAAGCUAGUCUGCGCGAGCUCCUCCCCAACGAGCUGACGCUCUGGGUUGACCCGCGCGAGGUCUCGUACCGCAUCGGCGAGAACGGCUCCAUCUGCGUGCUCUACGACGGCGGUCACCAUGCGUCCAUCAGCAGCAGCAGCAGCACCAGUAGCGCGAGCAGCCACAGCGUUGUCGGCAACAACAACCACUACUCGCUGCUCACCAACUCGCCGCAGGGCGCGCUCUCCUACCACCACCAGCACAACAAUCACCUGAACAACCACCACCACCAUCAUCACUACUCGGGCUACGAGCGGAUCGCGGCGCGGCCCGUGGGCUGCAAGGGUUCGUGGGACGCCGACCCGCGGAACAUCAACUUCGAGCCCAUGGCCACGUACGUGUCGAGCUAAGAGCGCUUCUCCUAUGUGUGACAAGAGACAGACUGCCAAAAUGUUCGCGCUUCAGUGCGUUUGAGGGUUGGGGCCGGUGGGCUGCGUUAGGCGCAGCCACGCCGACGCCGCCACUCCGCGCUUCCGAUGGUUGAUGACGCCGCCUCCCGUGUGAUACCCGUCGGCUCCUCGGCUCCCGGCGCCGCGAUCGGACGGCCUGCGGACUCGUCGGCGAGCCUGUGGUGUGUGCGUGCGCCAAGUUUGGUUGGAAAGAAAGCCGCCGGUUCUCGAUUACCUCCGCAGCGUCGCUAUCGCCGGGCAGCGACUGCGGGCGCUGUGGAGCGCACCGGUGCGGUCGCUACCCGUACGGGCCUGCGUGGUGUGUAAAAAAAAAAAAAUUCGUGCCGUGUUCGUCGUUCAGUGCGAGACCACCGGCGGCUUUCUUCUUGUCUUGCGACUUCGCGCAACGCCAUCCCUCGUCGGCGACUCCGAAAACACCGCCGUACGACUGCGGUAGCCGGAGUCGAGGAGCACGGCUGUUUGCGAGGGUGAUCGUCGUCGGAUCGGUUCGAGUGCGCCCCGUCAACCAACUUGACCAUCAGUUCCGGUGACGGGGCGCCUUGCGCAGUGGUGGUCAGCCCGCCUCCCAACCUAGCGCCUCCUUCGCUUGGCCAGGGCGGGAGGUAUGGUACAAUGUGAUCUCGUUAAAAAGCAAACACAAACUUUUUUUAUUUUGUUCUUUUAGAAGAAGGCCCCUCUUUGAUGUUAUUAUUAUUUUUUUUUUGAGACUUGUAAACCCCGUCGUCGUAGUUGAUGCGUGCUUCACCGGAGAAGAAAAAAGACUUUGACUCUUGAAAGAGGCACCAACUACGGCGACGUGAGGUAAGCUUCGUCCCGUCAACGUCUCCACCCAGUGUUUACGGUUUAUUUUUUAGUUUUUAUUUAAGUGAACGCGCUAAGAAAAAGAAGUGCUCUUCCUGUCCUUCUCACCCCCAGUUUUUUAUAUAUAAUUAUGUAUAUGUGUGUAUAGUAAUGACAGCCACUACAUGAGAAGGUAAAAAACAAACUUUCGUAGCGGCCGAGAGACGAUAAAAACAAACUCGUUAUAGGCGAUUGUACAAAACGAAGCGAAAUGCCAACAAAAAUACCCCACACAAAGAGUUUCGAGAGUCAGGGGGCAAAAGUGACGUGUUUGAAAGGCAACGACAGACUGCUGUUUGGAAUGUGUAUAUCACUGUCUCUCUCAAAGUCAGAGCAAUCACGUUUUUUGUGUGUUCGUGUGUACACAACCUGGAAGUACAAGUUUUUUCAGGGACCAUUGCCCCCGAAACGCCCAUAUUUUUUUCUUCAGAGGAAAAACAUCAAAGAGAAUGCGCAGAAACAGAGAGGGAAAAAAAAAACUGGAAAAAAAAAUCUUCGCAAAGUCCGCAAAGCAGCAUUGAUAAAUAUAGAUACAUGGAAAUGGAAUAUUGUCAAUAAGCAAAGUAUGUAUACUGUAUAGGCCAAGUCGGGCGAGGUGUCCUAAAAGUUAAAAGGAGUCGAAAUUGUAAUAGUAAUAAUAAUUAUACACAAGCCUAGCCGGUCAGUCAAGCUCUUUCGAAGGUCCCUUUUGUAACCGACUUUAUUUCUUGUGGCUGCUGCCCGAGUUCAAGAAAUUACACUGGAUGUUAUAAAAAAAAAGCCCUCCAACAUAUUGGAAGAUCCUCGCUUGUUUUUAAGUAAUUCGAAAAAAAUAAAAUAAAACUCGUUAUUGUGCUGCUAUGUUUUUAAAUUGGGGUGGGCGAGAGAGUGUUCCGCAUUUGUCUCUGUAUAACGCUUUUUUUUUUCUUCGUAUUUUUUUAAUGGCCUCAAUUUUUUUUUCCAUUUAUCGAUUGUCCCCCGAGUAACUCUUCGCCGACACCACUGUUAGUUACUCUUACCAACCACUGUGAUCGCUGCCGCUACAGCCAUCAUUAUUACGUCGUCGUCGUCUCACUGCGGUUAUUGAAAAAACGACACACACAUACACCCUAUCACAUUCUGUUUGUUCAGUCUGUGCAAAAGAAAACGUAACUCGGUUUUGUAACUGGUCACUGAAUUUGUUUUUUCGCAGAGUAUUUUUUCGAUUGCAGCAGCGUCUUCAACGAGAUGCUGAAGUAUUACUGCCCUGCCUAACUGUUACUUAUGUAUAGCUUUCUUUACUAUUAUUACUUUUAGCCUGGCCCCAUGCCUGUCUGUGCUAAUCUGAGAUCGGAUAUUUACCGGUGACUAUAAGGAAGUCAGUGUCUUCAUGGUUGGGUUCUGUCGUGGCGAUUCUGCGCCGAGCGUUUUGAUAGGCUUCGUAAAGAAUUGGCGAGAUGGCUUUAGUGGCUUCUCUGAAUCAGACUGUCCACUUAUGCAAUCUUUUCUUAAUUCUAUGCGAUCCCUUUUGUUUUUUUUUUUACACGCUCGAUCAGGAUGCAGCAGCAGUACCCAGCCUCGAAAAAAGUGUGUUGGAAUCGUGUUUUUUUCUACGCAGUGUUUUGUAAAGAAGCCAUCUGUUGUUGUGUUUUCUUUUAUUUCUUCGUGCUCGAUCCCUGUACAUUGUUUUGUCAUUCUGAACUCCCAAAAUGGUCUCUUCGCAAGCCUAUCUCCGGUGAUCACUCCACUCGCAUGAUGACCAGUCCCAAAACACAGAAAUUGGCUCUUAGUUAUGUUUUCUUUCUGUCUUCCUUGCCAUGUGAUUCUUCUGUAUAAUUUCUUUUCUUUCGAGAGAACACAAAAAAUGAUAAAAAUUGUAUAAAUGAGCGAAAGUGAGAAGAAAUGUCUUAACAAACGUGAUUGAUGAGAGUUCUCGAAACACAUUGUUGUUCUUUAUUUUUUAUCGCGCAUUAUUUACAAAGCCACAUGCUCAUCAACCACAAACACCACACACAUCGUGCGUCGUCGUCAACCCUCGUAUGACUGAAACUGCAUUUUGCCAGUUUGUCUUGUAAAGAUUCAUUUUUCUUCUUAUUUUUUUCUCUCUGUCUUGUAAAAAGGAAAGCUGUAUAAAGGCAUUAUGUAAAUGUACAGUCGUACAACUAUAGGAGAUUUUUUUGUACAGUAAAUAAAUCUCGUGGAUGCAUUGAA